AUUUCAACUCGAAGUGCGACAAAAGGUACAGUGGCGUAUGGCUGCUUUUUCUGUAUAAAUCGAGUGUUUGAAGCUGACACGGGAACCAUGUGCUGACCCUCGAGAAGCCGCUGUGUCACCUACCUUUGUUCAGAUGUCCGCACCCCCAGUUGUACCCCGGAAGCCUUCAGGGGUCAAAGUCAUGCCUGGACCUGGGGGUCAUGUUAUCUAUAGAGAGCCUGCUGUCUCAGAGAAAGUGACUGACGCCACUGAGAAGUCAUAUCAAGCAUCUGAGCUGGAUGCAGAAAGGGAAGUGGAGAUCAUUAACCACUGCUUCGAUGACGUGGAGCGCUUCAUGAUGCGUCUGCAGCAGACGGCCGAUGCCCAGAGUGUCCUGAACCAGAGGAAGAGCAAGAGGAGCCGGAAGGGCAAGAAGAAAAAUGAUCAGGAUGAUGACCUGCUGGCCAUGAAGGCCCAGCCUCCAUCUGAGGAAGAAUUCACUGACAUCUUUCAGAAGAUCAAGUACUCGCUCUGUCUUCUGGACCGUCUGAAGUCAUUGAUAUCUCAGCCAGACGCACCGACGCUGCUCCAUCACGUCUUUGUUCCUCUUCGACUGAUGGUGAAGACCACUGGAGAUUCAACUUUGGCUGCAUCAGUUCUCAGUCCAGCUAUGACCAGUGGUGCAGUCUCCUUCCUCCAGGACAACCUGACUGCAGAUGAGAAACAGCUGUGGACCUCAUUAGGACCCAACUGGAACUCCCCUCGAUCCCAACUUAGUGUUUCUGUACCUCCAUAUUCGCCGGUGUUCCUGGACCGAUGGCAGCCUCCGGCUGUUAACUCUUCUGGUAGAUCGGUGGAAGACCCUGUUGAAUCCCAGCACAAGCAAGAGGCCUUCAGAGAGCAUCUGGAAAGACAAAGAGUUCAAGUUAGUCACACAGAGGAGCAUCACGGUGAACAAGCAGAAGAAGUGGACGGAGCCCCACCGGAGGGAGAGCGGCUUUACUGCUGCAGUUAUGAUUUUGUGGCGAGGAACAGCAGUGAGCUUUCAGUGCAGCAGGGAGAAACACUCGAGGUCCUGGAUUCGUCGAAGCGCUGGUGGAAGUGUCGGAAUCGUUACGACCAGAUUGGCUUCAUUCCCUCCAACAUUCUGGAGCCUCUGUCCGCCCUGAGCAGCACAGAGCGGGGCAGCGAGUUGCUGCGCAGAGAGUCAACGAAGACGUCCCUCUCCCCGAGGUCAAAGUACUUUUCAUAUGCUGCGCCGAGCUCAGAUGGGACCAGCCCCACCGCUACAAGCCCAACCAUGAGACCUCAGAGCAUGGUCUUGCCUUCACUGCCACUGCAGGGAGACAACGGAAAUAAAGUCCUCAUCAUGAACGACGAGCUUUUGGAACGACUGGCAGGCAAGAAAGGCUCGUCCCGUGCUCUGGUGGUGCCCCGCUCCGCCGGGAGCGCUGCCCCCCUUAACUACCACUCCUCUGCAUCAGAGGUGGAGACCUGGCUCAGCAGCAAGGGCUUCAGCCCACAAACCGUACAGAGCCUGGGGAUCUUGAACGCGGCACAACUGUUCUCCCUGAAGAAAGAGGAACUCCGAAGGGUGUCCCCGCAGGAGGGAGUGAAAGUCUACAGCCAGAUCAUGAUGCAGAAGGCCCUGCUGGAGGACGAGCGCAGGGCCACCGAACUGGAGAAGGCGAUGGAGAGGCAGAAGCAGAAGAUCGCCCUGGAAUGAGAGAUCAGACCUGAGUGGGAUCCUACAGAGAAACAGUGUGAAGAUAAUACAUGAAAUAAUGCAGCAUCGAGUGACUCUGGAGAUGAGCUGUUGUUGUUGUUCACAGGUCACUGCUCCCCCUAAUGUUUUAUAUAAAAUUAUUGCAUCAAAAAUGCCUCUGAAAUGAAUCAGAUCUGAAUGCAACAAAAUGGCUCAAGUCAAAAAUGACAUCCAGAUGAGAGGCCAGAGAUAACAUGAGGCGAAGAGGAGAGUGCAGGCAGGGUGUCGGGGGCUGGACUCCGAUCCUCACAAAACUUCAGAGCAAAAAGAGACAUGAACACCGACACGACUCCAUUUUUAUUAUUGAUCUUUAUUAAGAUACAAACACUUUCACAGUCUUUCAGAACAUCAAUUGUGCGGUAGGUAACCUGAUAUAUUUAAAAAAGUCAAGAUUCCAAGUCUGAUUUCUUCAGGGAUUGCACAAACACACAUGAUAUUCAUUCAUCUGCUAUGGUUCUUUAUGAGAGCUUCACAUUGUAACACUGAAAUUUAGACUUAAAUACAGGACUUAUUUUGAUCAUCAUGAAAACCUUUAAUUCUAAAUGUAAAAAAAAAUGAAUAUAUCACGAGUUGAAGUUUAAGAAUAGACAAAAUGAUUUUCAAGAAUUCGACAAUAUGAUUUUCAGAGGUCACACAGAACAAAGCAGGUGAUGUCUCUUGAGGCAAACAUCUUACUGCAUAUAGAGAACAAUUCAGACUG